AUGACUAAGAUGACGAUGACGUCACACCACGUCAUGCAGAAAAAGCAGGACAGUCCACACGAGCAGCAGGCUCUGCUGGACCAGCUCACCAAGCAGCAGAUCGUCCAGGUCUAUGACACCGAGGCCGCUCAGCUGCUGCAGCAGAGCCAGCUGGUGAAGACCAUCCCAGUCCAGAACACAGCCCUGGACCUGAGUCAGCUGCAGCAGGUCAUCAACCAUGUCACCAAGUCACCAAUUUCCCCUUCCAAGGAGGUGAAGUGUGAAGCUCAGGGAAGAGCCCGACUGAGGAGCAGCAGUGAUGGCUGCAGAUACAGCCGGAGAGGAGACGGUUUAUCCACCAACUCUUCAUCCUCCUCCUCAUCAUCAUCCGUGCUCUUCAACCCCAAAUCAGUUUUAAAGAGACCGGUGAGCAUGGAGGAGCUGCAGAGACCAGGAGGACCCUACAUCAGGAAAACAUUCACAAUCAUGGGCGAUGCAGUCGGUUGGGGGUUUGUGGUACGAGGGAACAAGCCGUGUCACAUCCAGGCCGUGGAGCCCAGCGGCCCGGCUGCUGCUGCUGGGAUGAAGGUCUGCCAGUUUGUGGUUUCGGUCAACGGUAUAAAUGUUCUCAACCUGGACUACCGGACCGUCAGCCACCUGAUCCUGACCGGACCCAGAACUGUGGUGAUGGAGGUGAUGGAGGAAACCGACAACUGAGCGACGAAAGACGCUCUGAUGGACGGACUUGAUUCAGUAAAAAAGCACGCUGGCUUUAAAGAAACACUAACGUUUCCUGCAGGAUUAUCACAGAGACAGAACUCUGGAACUUUGGGAAUCAGACAUUUGGGGGGGAAUUGGUCCUCAGAGUAGUUCGCUCUUCACGUCUUACAUCAUUGUGCAAAGUCACCCCGAAGUAUCUACUCUAAUCCAGCUGUGUUAGGUUUAUCAGGAAGGACUCUGAGAGAAGAACU